UACCUGAUCAUGUUGAAGAUCCAUUUUGAUCUGCUCAAAGUAUAUCCACUGUAGGCGCUGCUCAUCGCUAAGAUUUCGAUAAUUUUUUCGAGCUUUUGAACCGAGCCAUUUAGCAAUGCCUGUAGAGUCGAAUAGAAUAGCAGUAGGAACACGAUACGCGGCAUCAAUUGGUAACAUUAUCGGUGACUGAUCGUUUUCACCAGGAUGAAUGUACGCAACUGAGCAGUUGGUUGUUCCAAAAUCUAUAGCCGCAAUGUAACUUGACGCCAGGUUACAUCUUGCAUCCUUGCGAGGAACACGCUGCGCGACUCGGCAUCCGUUGGAGGUAGUUUUUCUAGCAUCACUAACUUUAGGAUUGCUCGCCAUACUUGUGUAAUGUUGCCAAUGCGAUCGGGGUUGCCUUUUAAGCUACCGCCACGCCCUAACGCAAUAUAGGUAAGGGACAAAGAUGGCUGAAAGGAAGACAGCACGCAAGGCUGUUUACGGUGCUUCAUGUUAUAAUACGGUCUGACUUUCUAGCUGUAAACGCCGUUACUCUUACAUUUUGCGCUGUAAUAUGAUGUUAAUUUUAACAAACUGAGCUUCUGUGGAGGCUGAAUUGGAACGGCUUUCCUACAGGGCAUGCAGUAGCUACUUCUAAUCAGCCUGGGUGUAUAGCGUUGGUUUACUAUAACUGUAUGUAACAAGCUACAGUGUUUUAACAGUUGACUUUCUUUUCAAUAAAGUAUAGUCCCCAGCAGCAGAGCAGCAUGCCAAAAAGUCAUAUGAAACUCUAGAGGAAGAGUUGAAAGAGAUACGGAAAGAUAGCCAAAAGAAAAUCAAUGAUUUGGAGGAUGAAAGAUCACUAUUGCAGGGACAUUUAACUACAAAAGAACGGUAUUUAGCAGAAGAAAAGGAAAAAAACACUCGUCUAAGGGAAGAAGUUGAAAAAGUGGAAAAGGAAUUCGCGGAGUUUAAAAGGGAAAAUGAACGUGAACGAUUUGAAGCUGAAGCAGAAACAACAAUGCUGGAGGAAACUUUUAAAGAAUGUGCGGCGACAAAGAAAGAUGUUGAAGAAAUAUGUGCUAAUUUGCUUUCAACCCAAUACACAAGUUUGAAGAAGGAGAAAGCUGAAAUGAACGAAGAAUUUCUAACCAAUAUGAGCGAUGUUUUUUUGGAAAAAUUAAAAGAUCAACUAAGACAAAAUGAACGGAGAUGUCAAGAAGAUGCAGAAGAGUGCAAACGUAUUCGUAGUGGUUGGAGCAAGUUGCAAGCUGCAUUAAACAGUGCAGUAUGCAAGGAGAAUCAGUUUAUUGCUGAAAUUCAAAACAAGCAGCAGCAUAUUGAAAACCUUCAAAAGUACUGCAGGAGAACUGAAGCAGAACGUGCAUCGAUGGCUCAGAAGAUAGCAGAGCUUGAGAAAGAGCUGCUAAAGCAGCAGACUACCCAAAUCAACAAAAGAUCAUGUAUGUUUCCGGAACCUGAUAUACAUGAGGACUUGGAUAUUGAGUAUGGGAAAGUAGUUACAAGUUUUGAGGUUUUAACACUGGUUGAGCGUAAUUUUAAAGACAGUUUUGACGCAAAAGGCUUUCUCUGUGAUAUUUUUAUGGAUGCUUAUAAAUAUUGCAAAGAAUUUUUAAAGGAGAUAGUUUGCAAAAAUAUCGAUGAACUCUUUAAAGUACAGACAUGUGAAACUCGGACCGAUGAUAUGGAAGGCUUAAGCUAUGCAUUUGGGCAAUUGCUUCAAUACUCUGGAAUAAAACUAGAGCUGAUCACAACUCAAGCUGUUUCAGUUGUUAAAAAAAAGGUUAAAGAAUUGGCUCCAAAGCUGCCGAGAUUUAAGAAAGCUACAGUUGAGCCGGCUAUUGAAACACUGCCUCUUGAUAAGUUUGUCAAGCUUGCAUGGAAGUUUAUAACUCAAUCAUGCCCAGUUAUUGUUUCCAUGCCACCGAUGCUAGCGUUAAAUGAAGAAAUUCACAAGACAUCAUUUCAUCACUGGGAUGAAAAGAGGAGAGAGGAACGGCCACUAAUUUAUGCACAGCCCGUCGUCUAUCGUAGCUUUCAUGGUGAAGUACUGAUAAAAGGUUUAGUUGGAAAUUUCUGACUUGCUGUACCAUUACUAUGAGUUGUAAUAAUAAUUAUGUAGCCUACUAUGUUGAUAUUGACAAAAUUUAUACCCAU